AUGAGACAAUACCCUCUCGUGUGCGGAAACGUUAAAUGCAAAACCAAUCAAACUCCUCUAUGGCGCAAAGGCUGGACAACAAAGGAAGGAAAACCGGUCAUGCUUUGCAAUGCUUGUGGAUUGCAUUACAAAAAGGGACACUUUUGUGUUUAUUGCAAUCAAAUCUAUAAAGAAAGUGAUGCGGAUGAUAAGGAGCAACCAUGGAUUGGAUGCGAUAGUUGCCAUCGUUGGGUCCAUCAAAAUUGUGAAAAGAGCAACGGAUACGAAAUUAAAUCAGGUGGUUAUCUUUGCCCCUGUUGCCGAGGCAGUCAGCAAGGUAACAAUGGAUCCAACACGGUUCCUUCGAGUAUCACGGCUGCUGCACUUAGUGCUGCUGCCAACAAACAUUAUGAACCAAUACUCAUGAAACCAGGUGGAAGCAAUGCAAAAUCAUCAAGCAAUGAAAAUAAGAAGAGAAGAAGAAAGCCCACAUUGGAAGCGAAUGGUGCAAAGAAAGUGAAAUCAAUGACGAACACCACCAAUAGUAGCAACAAUAGUAAUGGUAGUAAUAGUCAUUGCAACAGCAGCAGCAAUAAUGGAGAUCAUAGUAGUAUCACCCUUAACACUGGCCAUAACAGACCAAGCUUGACCAUCGAUACGACAGCGUCAUCUUCAAAACACGGCAAAAUCAUGUCCUCUUCUUCGUCAAACAAAUUACUGACACCAACAACCACAGGAAUCGCCCUCAGCCUUUCUCCUUCAAGUGUUCUGAAUCGGGUGACUGCUCCAUCAACAAGCACUUCUGAGAAUAAUAUGAGAUCUUCUUCCUCAUCUUCGUCUCUCUUCGAAGUGGAUGCCUUUUAUAAGGACAACGACUCUCAAAAUCUCUCUGCCAACGAUGCUUCUUCAAGAUUAUCCCAAAGCAGUGAUGAUGAAUAUUCGUAUGACAGCAACAGUGGCCUUAGUGAGGAUGAAGAGGACGAAGACGACAAUGACUACGAUGACGAAAAUGACGAAGACUAUGUCGAUCAAAGCGUUGCUAAAUCAAGUAGAUCUUCAACCACUCGAAGAAAUAAGGUGGUCGCCAAUAGUAUUUCAAAGGCGACCAGUUUGACACUCCGCACUAGUUCUCAGCAACAGCAACCUCCAUCAUCAUCCUCACCGGGUAUUCCAUUCAGCUGCGGCUCGGACUUUGUGGAUCAACAAACUAGACAAGAAUUCAUCAUUUGGGAUCCAUUGAAUGACAAGAGAAGCACAGUCGAGGUGACUUACGAGGAUGUUGAAGAUGUCAUUGCUAAGAGCUUUGGCUAUUCCACACUCCUCACAAGAAAGAUGCAAUCUCUCUCUGCAAUUUGUUCAUGCGAGCUGAACAAGUUGUAA